UUCGUCGCGAGUGGGCGUGGAGUUUCCGUGUCCAGAUCUUCUCGUUACUCCCGGAGAGUCCCGGUGCCACCAUGCUGCUCCACUUCCUACAGGCCGGGAUCCGUCGGUGCCCGAACGCACUAAGGUCCGCCGGCCUCCCUCGUCCCCCAGCCUGCCCGUCCCUGCGGCUUUACUCCGCACGCUGGACCUCGAGGUGGUCCCUCCGGGCCCCCAGGAGCGGACGGGCCCUGGCUGUGCUGCUGGUCCCGGCCGCCGUGUGCGCGGGAGGAAGAGUCGCUCUGUGCCAGCAGGACCUGAACAAUAACCACCUGGUACCGGCCCCCGAGAGAGUCCUGCCGGAGCCCGAGUUUAACUGGGCCGAGUUCUGGAAGUACCUGCGGCCCCAGCUGGCGGCCCUGUUCACGGCAGUUGCGCUGGCGUUUGGAGCCGCUCUGCUGAACAUUCAGAUCCCGCUUAUCCUGGGCGAGUUGGUGAACGUGGUGUCCCGCUUCACCCGGGAGCAUGCUGGGAACUAUGUCCGCGAGGUGCGGGGUCCUGCCGUGAAGCUGCUGUGUCUGUACGGGGUGCAGGGGCUGCUGACCUCCGGGUACAUCAUCCUGCUGGCUCGCGUUGGGGAGAGGGUCGCUGGAAGUAUGAGGAAAGCCCUCUUCUCCUCCCUACUCCGGCAGGACAUGGCGUUCUUUGAUGCCCAGAAGACAGGACUUUUGGUGAAUCGGCUCACCUCAGAUGUCCAAGAAUUCAAGUCGUCUUUUAAACAAGUCAUUUCCCACGGUCUCAGGAACCUCGCCCAGACCUUCGGCUGCUUUGUGUCUCUGUACUACAUCUCCCCCAAGCUGACGGGGAUGCUGAUUGUGGUGAUGCCGGUGCUGGUGGGAGCCGGAGCCCUCAUUGGCUCUUUCCUACGCAGACUGUCCCGCCGCGCGCAGGAGCAGGUGGCCAGAGCCACGGGCAUGGCUGACGAAGCCUUGGGGAAUGUGCGGACGGUGAGAGCCUUCUCCAUGGAGAGAAGAGAGGUGGAGCUGUACUCGGCCGAGGUGGACCGGUCCUGCCGGAUGAACGAAGUGCUGGGAGUCGGGAUCGCUCUGUUCCAGGGACUGUCUAACAUCGCCCUGAACUGCAUUGUGUUGGGAACGAUCUUUGCUGGCGGAUCGUUGAUGGCGGGGAACGAACUCUCCCCCGGGGACCUCAUGUCUUUCCUGGUGGCUUCGCAGACCGUGCAGAGGUCCAUGGCUAAUAUGUCGGUGCUGUUUGGCCAGGUGGUCCGAGGGCUUAGCGCGGGCGGACGUGUCUUCGAGUUCAUGAGGCUGGAGCCUGAGAUCCCGCUGAGCGGAGGAAUAAAGCUCGCCCAGCUGCAGGGGAACGUGGACUUCCACGGCGUCUGUUUCAGUUACCCCACAAGACCCGGCCAUGAAGUAUUGAAGGGCUUCGACCUCCAUAUCCCUGCCGGCAAGACGGUGGCCAUCGUGGGACAGUCUGGGGGAGGGAAGUCCACCGUGGCUGCUCUUCUGGAGAGGUUCUAUGACCCCCGGCAGGGCACGGUCCUGCUAGAUGGAGCGGACAUUCGCACCCUAGAUCCAUCGUGGCUGAGAGGAGAAGCGAUUGGGUUCAUUAACCAGGAGCCGGUGCUGUUCGGUACGAGUAUUAUGGAAAACAUCCGCUUCGGGAGGCCGGAGGCCGCGGACGACGAGGUCAUCGAAGCCGCUAAACAGGCCAACGCUGACGAGUUCAUCCGCAGCUUCCCGGAGGGCUACGCUACCACGCUGGGGGAGCGCGGGGUGACCCUCUCAGGGGGCCAGAAGCAGCGGGUGGCGAUCGCCCGCGCCCUCUUAAAGAACCCGAGAAUCCUUAUUCUGGAUGAAGCUACGAGCGCGUUGGACGCGGAGUCCGAGCGGGCCGUGCAGUUGGCGUUGGACCGCGUGGCGUCCGGACGCACCGUGCUGAUCAUCGCUCAUCGGCUCAGCACAAUCGCCGACGCCGACAUCAUUGUGGUCCUGGCCAAGGGCCGCGUGGCUGAGAUCGGAAGCCAUCGCGAGCUGCUGAGGAAGGGCGGUCUGUACGCGGAGCUGAUAAAGAGGCAGAAGCAGGAAUCCUCGCGCAGCCGAGGGUCCGGAACUUUCUGACCCUAACCGGACUUUACGCCAAGAAUAGGAAUCAAACCACGUGGGGCAGAGACGGGAGAGCGCACCCUGCCGCCCCUCCCUUACCCCACCGGGCG